UCGUAUUAUAGACUAUUAUUAGAGAGUUGAAUGUAUAAGGAUUAUCACUAUCAAGAUAUGUUUGCGUGUGAUAUACUUAAGUUCGUGUCAUCCCCGAGAGGGGUUUCGUUCAACGUUUUCUUAUCGUAGUUUACGCCUCAUACCAUAGUCGCAAUGGGUUCUACAAUUUCCGACGCGGUUCCGCACCCCUUUGAUCCCUUGGGUCUGGAUGAAAUCCAGACAGCUAUUAGCAUUGUAAAAAAGGCCCAUGGGGAGGUAUUCUUCAAUGUUGUUUCACUCCAUGAGCCGCGAAAGGCGGAGAUGACAAAAUGGCUAGAAAAUCCAACCGACACUCCUCGACCGCCCAGGAUUGCUGAUAUCGUCGUAAUCGCCCCCGGUGGUAAGGUUUACGAUGGUUUGGUUGAUAUAGCGGUUGGAAAGAUCACCAAAUGGGAAUUACUGGAUGGAUUGCAGCCCAUAAUAACUAUGGAAGAGCUAGUUCUUGUCGAGCACAUCUGCCGGAAGGACCCUAAAGUUAUUGAGCAAUGUGAAAUCAGUGGAAUUCCAAAGGAAGAGAUGCACAAGGUCUAUUGCGACCCGUGGACGAUUGGUUACGACGAGCGGCACGGCAACAAGAUUCGACUCCAGCAAGCAUUGAUGUACUACAGGCCCAAUGUCGACGACUGCCAGUACCAGUACCCUCUAGAUUUCUGUCCCAUAUUUGACGCAGAGAAGCAAGAAAUUAUUGCUAUUGAUAUCCCCAAGAUCAGACGGCCACUGAGUAAGGCAGCGCCAAUAAAUUACCAUCCUGCUGCAAUUGAAAAGGUAGGAGGAUACCGUAACGACUUGAAGCCCAUCAACAUAACUCAGCCCGAAGGAGUUUCAUUCAAAAUGAAAGGGCGCGAGUUAGAGUGGCAGAACUGGAACUUCCAUAUCGGUUUCAACUAUCGGGAGGGUAUCAUCCUCAAUAACAUCACUUAUAACGACAAGGGAACUAUACGCCCAAUCUUUUACCGACUCUCCCUAGCGGAGAUGGUGGUACCUUAUGGGAACCCUGAGCAUCCUCAUCAGCGGAAACAUGCUUUUGACCUUGGAGAGUAUGGCGCUGGGUACAUGACCAACAGUCUUACACUGGGGUGUGACUGCAAGGGUUCCAUUCACUACCUAGAUGCGCAUUUCCCUACAAGAUCCGGCAGCCUUCGCACCAUCAAGAAUGCAAUUUGUAUUCACGAGGAGGAUGACGGCAUAUUAUUUAAACAUACCGACUUUAGGGACGAAUCGGUCAUCGUCACCCGGGCACGGAAACUCAUCGUUCAGCAGAUUUUUACCGCUGCAAAUUACGAAUACGCCAUACAGUGGAUCUUCCAUCAAGAUGGUACCAUCCAACCGGAGAUCAAGCUCACGGGCAUCUUGAAUACUUAUGCCAUGGGUCCUGAUGAAGAUACUAAGGGCUGGGGAACUCAGGUGUAUCCAGGCGUCAAUGCGCAUAAUCACCAACACUUGUUCUGCCUACGGAUUGAUGCCAACAUAGACGGGCCUAACAACACAGUAUUCAUGGCAGACGCAGUCCCAUCCGAUGCGCCAGUCGGCAGCCCAGAAAAUUAUUACGGCAACGCAUUUUACGCCAAGCGAACAAAGCUAGACACUACCGGCAAAGCAGCAACAGACUACGACGGCGCUACGAGCCGCACAUGGGACAUUUGCAACACAGGCAAAUUACAUCCCUAUAGUAAAAAGCCAGCGAGUUACAAGCUGGUCAGCCGAGAAGUUCCUAGGCUUCUACCGAAGGAAGGCUCUCUGGUCUGGAAGAGGGCCGGCUUCGCCAGGCACUCGGUCUUUGUUACAAAGUAUCGAGAUGACCAGCUGUGGCCGGCGGGGCGGCACGUACCUCAGACUUCGGGAGAGCCAUCUAUUGGUUUACCAGAGUGGAUUGGGGACGGCACGGAAUCCAUCGAGGACACAAACGUGGUGCUAUGGCACACCUUCGGAGUUACACACAUCCCUGCUCCGGAAGACUUCCCUGUGAUGCCGGUUGAGCCCAUCACAUUGCUCCUGCGUCCACGUAACUUCUUCUCGAAUAAUCCCGUCCUCGAUGUUCCACCCAGUUAUGCUAGCACCCCAAGCCAAGUAGCUGCGAGCGGCGCGGGGGUUGUCAAUGCGGCAGACGGAAUGAGUAAACUCGCGUUUACUAACGGAGGUAGUAGCUCAGGGGGCUGUUGUGCCACUAAUGGGACCAAUGGCACGAAUGGGGUCAAUGGACACUAAAUAGGUAAAAUGCUACUUGUGUCGAGACGAGCGGGGCUAGUUAGCAUCUGGAUUACCAUGAAAAUCUAGAAUUAAGGUUAUGGCAUUUGUUACUAUUUGAGGAUGGGGCUCUAGGUAAGUAUAUUAAGAAGUAAGAAUGUUGAUAUCCAGAAGUCGAGUGAACAUGGAAAGGUAUUACAUACCUCAUACAAC